CAUAGAAUUGUGCUCUCCUCUUCCGCAUGCAUCCCGGUCUUGGAGGAGUCCUCGCCUCGUUAGUUAGCGCUGCCUUUUAAAGCAAACGGGCGCUCACUUCCAAUCGUCAUUCAGUCGGAAUACGGGACACGGUGAAGGAGUACUACUGUGUCGUCCAACCAUCCCUCUCGUUCUUUCCCGGUUAUUAAUAGAUAGCAAGCUAGCUACCCCCUGUAGCUGUUGUUAUUUUGUAUUUGUAAUUUACCGUUAAACGGUUAGUCAACUAGCCCAGUCAUGUACCGGUACUUCGGGGAGUUGUUAUCCCGCGGGGCGGGCAGUGCCCUGGCCUCGGGGUGCGUGGACUCUGCUCUCCCAGCAUCGGCUGCUCUCAUGCGGGUCCGACAGUAUAGCGAGCAGCCCGACGACCCCAACUUCUUUCGCAUGGUGGAGGGUUUCUUCGACCGUGGAGCUGCCAUCGUUGAGGACAAGCUUGUGGAGGACCUAAAGAGCAGGGAGACCCCCGAACAGAAGACGAAACGAGUAAAGGGGAUUCUCCGGAUCAUCAAGCCAUGCAACCACGUCCUCAGCGUCUCUUUCCCCAUCAAGAGGGACAACGGAGAGUGGGAGGUAGUGGAGGGCUACCGCGCUCAGCACAGCCAGCACAGGACGCCCUGCAAGGGUGGUAUCCGCUACAGUGAAGAGGUGUCUGUUGAUGAGGUGAAGGCUCUGGCCUCUCUGAUGACAUACAAGUGUGCCGUGGUUGAUGUACCCUUCGGAGGGGCUAAAGCUGGUGUCAAGAUCAACGUCAAAAAUUACUCUGACAAUGAGCUGGAGAAGAUCACUAGGAGGUUUACCAUUGAGUUGGCCAAGAAAGGCUUCAUCGGGCCAGGUAUUGAUGUGCCUGCUCCUGACAUGAGCACUGGAGAGAGAGAGAUGUCCUGGAUCGCUGACACAUACGCCAACACCAUCGCACACACUGACAUCAACGCCCACGCAUGUGUGACAGGGAAGCCCAUCAGCCAGGGUGGUAUCCACGGUCGUAUCUCAGCCACCGGUCGCGGAGUGUUCCACGGCAUUGAGAACUUCAUCAACGAGGCGUCCUACAUGAGCAUGCUGGGCCUGACCCCCGGCUUCCAGGAUAAGACCUUCAUCAUCCAGGGCUUUGGUAAUGUGGGCCUCCACUCCAUGCGGUACCUCCACAGGUACGGUGCUAAGUGUGUGGGCAUAGCUGAGUAUGACGGCAGCAUCUACAAUCCAGAGGGCAUUGACCCCAAGCAGCUGGAGGACUACAAACUGCAACACGGUACGAUCGUAGGUUUCCCCGGGGCUCAGCCGUAUAAGGGCAGCCUCCUGGAAGCGCCGUGUCACAUCCUGAUCCCUGCCGCCAGCGAGAAGCAGCUCACACGCAACAACGCCCACAGAAUCAAGGCCAAGAUCAUUGCUGAGGGAGCCAACGGCCCCACCACACCCGAUGCUGACAAGAUCUUCCUGGAGAACAAAGUCAUGGUCAUCCCUGACAUGUACCUGAACGCCGGUGGUGUGACAGUGUCCUACUUUGAGUGGCUCAAGAACCUGAACCAUGUCAGCUACGGACGUCUCACCUUCAAAUAUGAGAGAGACUCCAACUACCAUCUUCUCAUGUCCGUUCAGGAGAGUUUGGAGAGGAAGUUUGGAAAGCAGGGAGGACCAAUCCCCGUUGUCCCCACCGCUGACUUCCAGGCCAGAGUCGCUGGUGCUUCUGAGAAGGACAUUGUUCACUCUGGUCUAGCCUACACCAUGGAGAGAUCUGCCAGGCAAAUCAUGCGUACGGCCAGUAAGUACAACCUGGGUCUGGACCUGCGGACGGCUGCGUACGUCAACGCCAUCGAGAAGGUGUUCAAGGUCUACAACGAGGCCGGCAUCACCGUCACAUAAUCACCCUUUCAAAGUCAGACCCCUCCCAUACUGCCCUGCUAGUGGUUCCACCGCUUCCCCAUCGGCCAAUCAGCCUUUAGAACAUUUUAGCGUUUACAUUAGAGAUCCUCGCCUCCCCUUCAUACACACACGCGCAUACACGCACGCAUACAGACACACGCAUACACACACACUGACACGUACUGUGUUUUGUGUCCCAUGAUCUCGCCAUAUCUACCAGUAUCAUGUCAGUAACUCAGUAUUUCUGUCUCGUUCUGUUUCAGUAUUGUCAAUCAGUUUUUUGUAUAUUGUGAAAGGAGCAGGUUGUAGCAGGAAGCUAGCUACGCUGAGAGAGAUUUAAAACAAUCCCCCCCCCCCCCUUCCGUUGCUAUCAGAGUUCCCUGUCUGCCUUUGUCUUGUUUGACCCUGGUGUUGCCAUGGUUUCAGACCACAGCACUGAAGAUGCCUUAGCUCUGACGGAGCUCUGUACUGAAGAGACGCACAUACACCACUAUACUGUACUUUAAAAAAAGGAAAUAGAUUUAAACUUUAUACCAGGGAAAGGUGAUAUCAUAUACAGUAUCUCACAAAAGUGAGUACACCCCUCACA